UGUCAAGUCAACGCGUUUGUAGGUCAACCACAAAAAUGUUAAUAAUUCCAUAACCAUGGUGCCCAAAUUGAAUGUUUGCAAAUACGUUUAAGUUUCAUUAAAUACUGUUGUGUGCGGUAGAAUUUUACUUUAAGGUUUUUUUUCUGAUCUGUGAGUGUAAACCAUGUCCUCGUCCUCUUACAACAUAAUACAAUGUCCAAGUCCAACAACUAAGACAACCCCUGCACAGUCUGUGCCAGGUGCAACUGGAGACCGAAGUGCAGGUGUAUCUUCGCACUGUGGCAACUACGACGAGCAUGACAAUAAGUUGAUAAGUUUAAUCAGUGCUCGCCACAACAAUGGAUCAGCGUCAUCCGCUCCUGGCCCUGGCCUCCUGACCAAUGGCACUGCUAGCGAUAGAGAAAUGCGUUGGUGGUGGCGCACUCGUAGCCUAAACGCACCUUCGCCGUUCCAGCAGUUUGGACCAUGCGGGCGCAUCAUGAAGAAUUCUGCAAUGGUAAUGCAAAUCCAAGAUCCCGCCAGCCAGCGGCUGACCUGGUAUAAGCCACCGUUGACGGUCCUCGUAAUCAAGAAGAAGGACUCCCAGGUGCUGUUGCCGUUUGUGCAGCUGGUUGAAUGGCUGGUCCAGGAGAAAAAUAUGGUAGUCUGGGUAGAAUCCGCAGUGCUGGAGGACAAGUUGCUGCGCGAUGACGUUCGGCUGGAGGAGGAGAGCGCAAAGUUCCGGCUGGUGCACGAGUAUUACACUGGAGUACGCACUCGUUUCCUCGCACUGCGGGAGAAGCUAGUAACCUUUAAAGAUGGACGCGAUGAUCUCACCGAUCGUAUUGACUUUAUUGUCUGCCUGGGAGGCGAUGGAACGCUGCUAUAUGCCUCACAGUUAUUCCAGCAAUCGGUGCCCCCUGUUAUGGCUUUCUAUCUGGGCUCAUUGGGGUUCCUGACACCGUUUCAGUGUGACAACUUCCAAGAGCAAGUCACCAAUGUGCUGGAGGGUCAUGCCGCACUCACGCUACGUAGUCGCCUGCGUUGCUCAAUCCACCGGAAAGGCGAGCGCCGCAGGGAGUCUCUGCAGCAAUCUAGUAAUCUCAUAAAGCCUGUCUCGCAACGACAAUCCCACUGCGACGAAUUGGGUAACCCAAAGGCCAGCAACAACAACUGUAGUCCAUCCUCAGCACAGGCUGCAUCUGGCUAUAGCAGUAUUUUGGUGUUAAACGAGGUGGUCAUCAAUCGUGGCCCAUCACCCUACUUAAGCAACAUUGAUAUUUUCUUGGACGGCAAGUACAUCACAUCGGUGCAAGGAGAUGGAUUGAUUGUGUCGACGCCAACGGGCAGCACAGCCUACGCAGCAGCCGCUGGUGCGUCCAUGAUCCAUCCAUCUGUACCAGCUAUUCUGGUAACUCCCAUCUGUCCGCAUUCACUAAGUUUUAGACCAAUUGUUGUACCAGCCGGAGUUGAGCUGAAGAUAUCGAUAUCUCCGGAUAGUAGGAAUACGUCGCGCGUAUCCUUCGACGGCCGAAAUGAUCAGGAGCUAAAUCAUGGUGAUUUCUUGCGAGUGACAACCUCUAUUUAUCCUGUCCCGAGCAUUUGCGCACAGGAUCAGAUAUCCGACUGGUUCGACUCUUUGGCUGAGGGUCUGCACUGGAAUGUGCGCAAACGCCAAAAGUGUCUUGAUGAACUAUCGGAUUUGACGGCAUCCGGCUCGGAGGACACGCUUGACGAAAUUGAGAACCUAAAAAUCCACGACGCAUAGUAUAAUCAGAUAUAAAUCUAACUAAAUAAAUACUCCGGUCUAUUGUACAAUA